UGCACCACAAACGCGAAACCCUCACUAUGCAUCAACAACGUGCUCAUUUCGCGUCCAUAUCCGCUUCAAGCGCGUGAUCCCGACUCCCCUCAUAUUACAUGAUUGACGGCCACACAUCCCAGGCGCAUAGGUGCCUCUGACGAAGCCCUACACGUCUUCGUGAAGACAAGCCCCUCUCGUGUCAUACCGCGGAAUCCCUGUGCGCGCGCUCCCCCCUGUCGUCCUUCAUAGGCACCGCGCCGACGGCAGCGCGUUGUUCCGCGCAUACGUGACGCCUCAUACGAUGUUGACCAUCCGCCGCCUCUGCGUGGCAAAUUCUGCCGCGCACAGAGUUCGCAGAGGCUGACGUGCGGACGCGCUCAAGCUCUCGUACUGGAUGGCUCGUAAUCCUAUCCGUUGGGCGUCGCGCAUCGCGAUCAACCGCGGUAUCAUGCUUGGAGAGGAAGGCCCUAUAGCCAAUGCUCAGCAGUGUACCCGAUUCAGUGCGCCGCCUGCCGCUGCGUCCGCUCGCUUCCGGGGCGCAUACAUGCGGUCAAGGCUCGGGGAACGCCAACUCGCGGAUGGCCGCUAUCUCGACUUCAAGGUGGACAGCGCGUCGACGCCGUUCAUCGAUCCGCUCCCUCGCCAGGUGCGCGCGCUCCUCGUCGUGUCCGCUUCUCCCGCUGACAUGAACUACGCAGGCUUUGCGGCCAGCGCUUCGUCUGACUGUAACUUCGACAUUCCCAUACGUGCGAGAAUAUACUGCUUUGGCCCCUCAUCCCUGUUCGAGACUGAAUCUUCGCCGUCGACGAGCUCCGUGAUCGAGACGCCGAUUGCUAGCGAGCCCAUCCCGACUGCUCUCGCAUGUCGACACGGCGUGCUCGCGCGACGUGUGAUACUGCAUCGUGCGAGUCGACAUAGCUCUUCACUCACGGAUCGCGUCCGCCUCGGCAGUCCGUGCGUCUUGCGAGAGCUUGCUGAAGCGGCGGAGAUGCAGCAGAACCUUUUGCGUGACCUUGGACUCUGUCCGCAGGCUGUCUUCUCAGUUCAUUGGAUAGAAGACCUUCAUUGUCCCGUUGUGAGGGUGACGUUUUACGGUCCUAUCUCCUCGCCUUGUAUUGCAAGAGCAGUUGUGGUGGACGGGACUCACGGUCGGUACCUACUCGUCGAUCACGAGCGGCUUAUCGAUCAAUUCAAAUCAAAUGGGUGCCAGUGCUCUUUCCUCGCGACCAUCAUCUCCGCUGCACGCGAGCUGAGGCUGCGCGUCCGAGCUGAUUCCCUGCGGCUAUUGAAGAUUAUGGCUUCGAAACGAGGCGUUGAGUUUUACGACAAACAGCUCGGAAUGUUGCACGAUAUACUCGACACGGCACACGAAAUUGGAACUCUGCCCGGAGAGACCCCUCUCGCUGACGGAGACAUCCGGGUCACAGCGCUGAGAAGGGCUCUUACCAAGGGUGCUAAGUUCGUUUUCGGCAUUCUCGUAUCAGAACCGCCGGCCUCGCCUCUCACCGCCGACGACAAGCGUGUCGAGAUCGUCCUAACCUCUAUUGCGGCCUUUGCAUCCAUAUGCGAUGCCGAGAAACGCCUGCGCAGCCGCAACCUCCUGCCACUCCUGCGCACAUUAUGGCCCCAUAUCGUGCAAUGGGGCGCUUUGGUACAUCCUGCGCGCGGGUACUUGGUGUGCACGCCUGCGCUACGCGAGUCCGGACGCGACACCACCAGCCUAGCCUGCGCAUACUGGGCCAUCGUUGACUCUGACGCCGCGCAUUGCAAGCCGUUUAUUGAGGCGUACCCGGACCUGAUCGCGCAAGCAUGCGAGCUCUGGAUCCACUUUCCACGCUACGUACCAUCUGCGGCCGGGUCGACCUCGAGCUCAGCUUAUAGCGCGAUCGCAACAAUUGUUAAACUGCAUGAUAGGCUUGCGACGAGCGCUGCAGAGAGCAUCGACAACGAUUGCAGUCUCCUUCUGCAGGACCUCUUGCGAGUCGCUGGCACGUCGCGCGGACUGUACCGGGCCUGGAUCCGACAGACGGAGUUUUUAACCAGGUCUCUGCUUACACAGCCGUUUCUCGAGCACAUCUGGCCCAAUCACUUCGUGGUAUUGGAUAUCAUCGCCGGUCAGCCAGCUUUCCAGAUUCGCACGGUCCUGCUAGGGCUCAUCGCUACAGUCACCUCCACGGCAAUCAGAUGCGCUGCAUCGAAUCAGACGAGGCGAGGUGCACAGCACGCCGCACGAUCUCUCGCCUCUCUCUUCCUUAUGGCCGAUGACAAUCGCCCUCUCGUACGCGCCAUUGACGCUGGCCUGCUCGACCUGCUGUCCACGUUAUGCCGUCCGUCAGACAGUACAUACGUGGUCGACCUCAUGCGCUACGUCGCCCCAGCCGUUAUGCAAGCUAGGGUGUACCGUGCGAUCAUUCGUCGCAAUCCUGCUGUAAAAUACUAUCCGUCCGGUCGCAAAUUGGGAUCGGGGUCGUGGGAUGAUGUCGCAAUGGCCGUAAACCUGGCACAUGAUCUAUACUACUCAAGCCACCAUCAGAAACACUGGAGACAGUACUUGCCAUGCCAUAACGAGCAGGGACCUCAUAACAGGGCUCUGUGUGUUUGCCCGUGCGCGGAGGCUUUCUACUGCUCUGGGAGCUGUCAGCGUAUCCACUGGGCUGUCCACCGACGCCUUUCCCUCGGGGAUACGCUAUUCAUCCUUGGGACCCUUCGCUUCCACCUCAAAGCGCAUAUCAAAGUCCUCAAUUUGCAGGUAUCUGCCUAUCACCAGGCACUCGUGACGAGCGGCCAAAGCAAGCAAAUUGUGGUUGACCUCAAUGUUCUGAACGAGAUACCUUUGACAAAGCACGACGUGUAUUUUCGUGAGGCGGAUGAUCCAGGCCUCUCCGAUGUAAUUGCCUUCGAAGCUUCGUUCCGCGUCGGCAGCACGAUCAUUAAGCGCCCCCUUCCCUUCUUUUGUCACAUCAAGGACUUGUUUUAG